AUUUAGUGAAACAGACCAUAGUUGUUUCUUGAGAAAUUGGGAGGUACAAUAUGCACACAUAGAUUUCUUUGGAUGCCACCUUACUGAUCCGUACAUUACAGAUACAUAAUAUAUCUGUGCACAUGGGACCUAAGUAGUGUGUCUUUUCUGAAUCUGGAGGUUGGAGCUUCGGUGAGGCCUCUAAGGGUAUGUACAGUCUGUGGGAACACCUGCAGCAUGUGCAUGGAUUUCUGCAAAGGCAAGUCAAACGGUUGGGACAGUCACAGAAAUGUGUACAUUAAAUGUGCUGCGUGUGAAUAUAUAGUAACUCUUCUAAGGUAUCUGAAUGUAUGAAAACUGGGUGUCAAAAUAUUGAUAUCCUGGAGGAUUUCUGAAGAUAUAGUAGGUUGCAUUCACACGGCCGUAUGCAGUCUGUGUGAUGGUUACAUUUCCCGUACUGACUGCGGCUCAUAUGAGCCGAACUUAAUGCAUCGUUGUUGCAGGUCUGUUGGGGUUGAACUCACAGUAUCAUAGAUCACUAUCACACUUUACGUUCAGCUCACAUGAGCCGCGCUCCGUCCGAUAAAUGUGGCAGUCACAUGGACCGCAUUUCAUGGACCACACAUGGCCAAGCGAAAGCAGCCUUCCGUGAAUGAUCCAUUAUUUAUCACGGGAUACAUUUGUGAUUGGUUUGAAAAAACUGAAAAGCAAUUACUCCUAAUGACAAUUGCAUAAUUGUAACCAGAACUGUGUAACAGAAUGAAAUUCUCAUCUAGGCCACGCAUUUCCAAAGGGCAUAAGAGGUACUUUCCAUAAAAUGUCCUCAUACCUGCAAGCGGAGAGUGUUUCAUGGUCCUACGCAGUGUGAAAUGGACAGGGUCCCAGUGUCAUGUGUAUGUGGAUUCGGCAGCUGACGGGGGGAUGGGAUCGGAUUUGUCCUUCCUGGGGGAAGGGGGUGAAGGGCAGGAUAACAGCUGUCGUGGAGAAUUUUGUGUGCAGUUGGGGUCUGCUUGUGCGAUUUGUGCCUAAUGCUUCAUGUCUCUUCUCUAUGUGUAUACUCAUAUGGCUGCCCUCAUCAACUGUAUGAGUGCCAUAGUAUGUCUCUGGUCAGAGAUAUGCGCCCGCAUACUGGGUAGUGUUUGUAUGAGACGAGGAUACCACUUGUGGCUGGCAGCUGUGGUCAGUGUGACCCCCUUCCUUCAGGAACUAAGUAACCCCAGGAGCAUUUUCUCCAACUCCAACAACUUCUUCAAUGUGAAGUUUGUUCAUUGCUCCUGUGGUUGGACCUUUCUGCUACUUUCUGGAUUUGUUCUUCUGGUGUCUUUAGUGCCCACCGGCCGUCCAUUGCUCUCACUAAAACAUCUAUUAAGGUUAGGAGUAAGUACAGCGGUUUGCCAAGGUAUUCCUUACCUAUUCCGACUCUUGGAGGAUCUAACUGGUUCCUGUCACCAACCUUUGCCACCUGGUACGCUGCUUCUCCAUCGUCUGGAAACCAGACAUAGUUGUCAAGCAGAAGGGCACCAAUGGCAUGGUUACCAUGUCUCUCCACAGACCUUCUCAUUGACAUUGUGCAGUCUUUCUAUGGCAGAAGAAUUGGCUGUGUUUGCGCGCUACUUGCGAAGAGGCUAUCCUGCUGGCACUUCUCUGAGAUUAGUCUUUCUGUUGAAUGCCAGUCUUCUGGUGUUGUACAACCUACUUUUGUUUUGCACUGCACUUUAUGCCCCUAGCUAUACCCAGACUGUGGUUGGAGCAGCCAUUGGAACCCUGUGCUGGCACCUUACCUAUCGCGGCUGGUUCCGUACACCCUAUUCACCUGGACCUCCUGGUUUUGGUAUGUUUCCCAGAUUGGCCGGAGGAAGAAAUAAACUAGGAUGAAAAAAUGUGACAUUUUCACCUGGAUUGGUAUCCAAGCUGGCUGAUUUCCAGCCAGGAUUUUUUUUUAUGUCAAAUGAAUGACCUUCUACUUAUGUAAGGCAUGUCUGGAGUCUACACGAUGAGAAAGAAAAACUAAUUCAAAAUAAUAAGACUAUUAUUAACCCAACCUGGAGCUCCAAAUGGUAACAGAAUGACCUUCAGGACAAAAUCAUUACAUUACACCACAUCAGGAUAGUUAAGAAGAUAACUGGAAAAAAAAAUGGUUUCUCAAUCAACAGAAACACUGAAUAAUAAAUAUAAACUGCAAAAAAACCUAUGAAAAUAUGUGUAACAUGAAGAUAUUGUUAAUUUAAAGACAUACUUAGUGCGAGUUCUAGAUGUGGACUAUUGUCAGGUAUUCUGUACCAAAAAAAAAUCUGUAUUUUUACUGUCUAAUACAUGAGGGUGGAUUUUCAAAACCCUGUUUCACAUAUAUA